UUUAUAUAAAGUUUGAUUCCAUUUACAGUCCCAACACGCUAACAAUUAUCAUUCCAGACUUUGUUCUAAUGGCAACUCCAAGUUCCCGUAGAUUCACGUACAAUGUGUUCCUCAGUUUUAGAGGGAAAGACACGCGUUCUGGUUUCACUGGUUAUCUCUACGAUGCUCUCUGUGACAAGGGAGUUCACACUUUCAUGGAUGAUGAGGAACUUCAAAGCGGAGAGGAAAUCACACCAGCGCUUCAGAAAGCAAUUGAAGAGUCUAGGAUUGCCAUCGUUGUGCUCUCUCACAACUAUGCUUCUUCCUCUUUCUGCUUGGAUGAACUUGCAACUAUAAUUCACUGCCAGAGUAAAGGACUGUUGGUUAUACCAGUGUUUUAUAAGGUGGAUCCUUCUAAUGUCAGACAUCAGAAAGGUAGCUAUGAAGAAGCACUGGCUAAGCAUCAAAAGAGGUUCAAAGGGCAGGAGGAGAAGUUAAAUAAAUGGAAAAUGGCUCUGCGUCAAGUUGGUGACUUGUCUGGCUAUCACUUGGGAGAUGGGAAUGAAUACGAGUACAAGUUUAUUGAGAGCAUUGUUAAACGGGUUUCCAGGGUGAUUAAUCGUGUUCCUUUACAUGUUGUGGAUUACCCAGUUGGCCUAUCCGCACGGGUGCUGAAAGUCAAGAAACUUUUGGAUGUUGGAUCGGAUGGUGUUGUCCACAUGAUAGGGAUCCAUGGAAUGGGUGGGUUAGGAAAAACAACACUUGCUCUAGCAGUUUAUAAUUCCAUUGCUGAUGAUUUUGAUCAAUCAUGUUUUCUUCUAAAUGUAAGAGAAGAAUCAAAUAAACAUGAGUUAAAAGACCUCCAAAGCAUCCUUCUUUCAAAAAUGCUUAGAGAGAAGAAUAUCAUCUUAACAAGUUGGCAAGAAGGAGCAUCAAUGAUACAGGAGAGGCUGGGGCGAAAGAAGGUUCUCUUGAUUCUAGAUGAUGUUGACAACAGAGAGCAGUUACAAGCAUUUGCUGGAAGAGCUGAUUGGUUUGGUCCCGGCAGCAGGGUUAUCAUUACCACUCGAGACAAACAGCUGCUAAAAUCUUAUGAGAUUGAAAGAACUUAUGAGGUGGAGGAAUUGAAUGAGAAUGAUUCUCUUAAAUUGCUUAUAUGGAAUGCUUUCAAAAGGGAAAAUGUUGAUCCAAGUUACCAGGACGUGUUGAAACGUGUAGUAACUUAUGCUUCUGGUCUUCCAUUGGCUUUAGAAGUAAUAGGUUCCAACUUGGUUGGAAAAAGUGUAGAAGAAUGGGAGUCUGCGAUUGAACAUUACAAAAGAAUUCCAAACGGUGAAAUUCUAGAGAUACUUAAAGUAAGCUAUGAUGCUUUGGGGAAAGAAGAACAAAGUGUCUUUCUUGACAUCGCCUGUUUCUUUAAAGGAAGUAGUUUGGAAGAAGUUGAACAUAUACUUCGUGUUCUUUAUGAUCACAGCAUGAAACAUCAUAUUGGGGUGUUGGUGGAUAAAUCUCUCAUAAAGGUUUUGUGGGAUGACGAAGGGUUUGGUGAAAUUGAAAUGCACGACUUGAUUGAGGACAUGGGUAGACAUAUUGACCGGCAAAAGUCACCCGAAAAGCCAGGGAAGCGCAGGAGAUUAUGGUUAGGGAAAGAUAUCCUUCAUGUUUUAAAACACAACAAGGGAACUGGGAAAACUGAAAUCAUACGCCUGGAUUUGUCUAUAUCUGAGAGAGAAGAAACGCUAGAAUGGAAUCCCAACGCCUUCAGAAGAAUGAAAAACCUUAAAAUGCUUAUCAUUAGAAAUGGUAAAUUUUCCGAAGGUCCCAGUUACUUUCCGAAAAGUUUGAGAGUACUGGAAUGGCAUGCAUACCCUUCAAAUUGUUUACCAUCAAAUUUUGAUCCGAGCAAACUUGUGACAUGCAUGUUACCUUACGGUCAGUUUACGUCAUUUGGAUUCCUUGGCUCAUCAAAGGCAAGCUUAAAGAGUGUUUUCCUCAUCUUGUAAAUUAUUAAAAACAGCAUAAAUAUCUUAACUUUUAUUCUCUUUAUUUUCU